GUCAUGUUUCGUUCCAUUUCGAGCUAUUCAAAUCACCUAACCAUUACCUCCCCUGUGAUGAUAUCAUCACAGAUAUCUGUUGACUAACUUUGUAUAUCCCGAGUUAAUCAGUGCCAUAGCGGGGGACAAUUUACAAAAUUAAAUAAUUCUGUAAGUCCUAGAGUUUGAGGCUGCCCUCAUUGCUUUUACUGCAGCAAAACACCUUCGCUCAACCUUUCGCAUCGGAUCACAAGUAGGUACGCCAGGUUACACAUCCCUUACAGCUGCUGGCCAGCCAAUCGGGUUUUAGAAACGAUUGGGUAAGCCACGUGGCUUAUCGUACGAUAAAUAAUUUAGGGGAAAUGGCACAAAAGCCGAAAAUCACCCCAGAUCUGGGGAGUUGCCCAGGUUUGCAGCUUACACCGAACGCAUCUCGACAAAUCAAGCAACAUAUCGAUGUGAAACAAAUUGUGUCUGUGGUUGAAAAAAAAGAAUAACAUAAAGGAAAUGCCACAAAAUGCUUUCUUUUAGACUGUCAUGGGGAAAUGAUGAAGGAUUUCACAUUUUGGCCUUCUGUCUUUCAAAUGUUGCUGAAUCACUUACUUUUCGCGCAAAUUCACACCGAAUCCUCCACUUUUCGUUUAAUUUACAUUGUACGCUUGAUUAAACGCUUUAUUUCUAUAAGAAACCACACGAAAACUGCAAUCGACAUUAAAAAAUGGUACAUGGUUAAAGACAUUUAUCAACAAGAAAAAGACACCAUAUUGUUCAAGGACAUUAAUAACACAGAUGCUCGAACAACGAUCGUUUUGUAUUUUCAUCAUAAGUGCGAAGUCGUGAUGUCAUUUAUGUAGAUAUGCAAAAGAAACUACAAAUCAUGUAUAAGGCAAAUAGUGAACUUGUAUCUCAGUGGCUCACUGAAAUAAGAGUUCUUGAUGGGGGGUUUGGAACAGAAAGUCAGAAAUUAUCAAAUCUACAAAUAAAAGGACAUUUGGCUUGGAGUUCCAGAUUAUUAAUGGACGACCCAGAAUUAGUUGUUAAAAUACACAAGUCCUUUUUGCAUGCUGGUUGUGAUGUAAUUUCUACCAACACUUAUCAAGCAGCGCCUUCAACCUUGGUGAAGGCACUUGGCAUAAAUGAUGGAGAAGCGAAAAACCUUAUGCGUACUGCUGUACAUCUAGCUCAAAGAGCACGUGAGGAAGAAAACAAUUCAGAUAAUGCAAGUGAAUUCCAAAGAAAAUUGCCUGUUCUUAUUGCCGGAUCUUUAGGUCCAUACGGAGCAUGCAUUGCUGAUGGAUCAGAGUAUACUGGGUCAUAUGCAAACAAAGUUUCAUUCACUGAACUAGUGGAAUUUCACUUAUCAAGAGCACAAAUUUUAUUGGAGUCAGGGGCAGAUUUCAUAGCAUGGGAAACUGUUCCACUUUUAAAAGAGGUUUCAUCAAUAUGUGAAGUUAUGCGCAGACUACCAUCGGCAUGUUGCUGGAUAUCAGUUUCGUCACCAGAUGGUAAAGAAACAUCCGGUGGGGAUUUACUAGCUUCAGUCGCGUGUGAGGUAGCAAAGUGUGAACAGGUUUUCGGUGUUGGAGUUAACUGUAAUAUACCACAUGAUUGUAUUGGUAAGGGGCUUGCUAACUUAAAUUCACAAACAUGUAAAGAAUCAGAAAAUACUUUCAGUAAAUUAUUAUUAUUUUACGCAAAUGAUGGUCGUUUAUGGAUACCUAAUGAUGGCGAUAAUCUACAAUACAAUCACGAAAGUUGGUUUCAAAACACCAUCAAAUGGGCAAAACGUCGUGAAAUUUCAGAUGAUGAACACUUACAUUAUUCAGUAAAUUAUAAACCUCCUUUGGCUCAGUGGGUUGGUGGAUGUUGUAAUGUUGGACCUGAAAGUAUAAGACGACUUGCAAAAUGGAUGAAACCUGAUGAAUUUAUUUGCUGACUGAUGCUUGAUAUUUGAUUAACUGUUAGAUUAUAUGAUUGUUUCGACUGUCCUACUUCAUUCAUGCUUUACUUUGUAUGAAUUAAGCAGUUUUAAACAAAAAGUUCGAUGAUUAAAUAUAUCGCGUGAAUUCUAUACUUAUUUAAUGAACUUUGUGGUAAAAAUUAUAAUUUAUUGAAACAUGAGU